AUGGUAAUGGGUUUCAAGUGGGUUAUGGAUAAGCAUGUGGAGUUGGAUGCCCUUGACUUGGCUGUGUCCAGACAACAAGUGAUGCUGAAAAGACUGAGACAAGAUGAUAAAGAUCUGAGAUACCAAAAGGAAGCAAAACUUAGAGAACUGAGGGAUCUUGAUCAAGCUGUGAAUGAAAGAAAAUCUAGGAGGGAUUUUCUACACCAUCAUCAUCAAUUUGAAACAAGAGCUGAAAACUAUGAUGUAGUAGACGAUCACCAUCUCUUGGAUGAGAGUGCAUUCCUUGACGAGGAGAUUGAGUGCCUGGAGGACACCUUAGCAAAGAGAAGAGCUCAGUUGAGGGAAGCUGAUAAGUUACUGCUGCAAUGUCAGACUGAUUUAUAUGAAGCUCAAAAUAAGGCUUGUGAAACACUUCGACAGUACGACAAAGCAACUCAUGACCUCGCAAUGACAAAAGAGGAGAGAGAGGAACUCGAACAGAGGUCACAUGAGGUCGCCGUAGCCCUGGUCCAGGCCCAGGAACGGCUCCUUGUCUUGGAGAAAGAGGUGGAAGAGCUGGAGAAAAAGCGUAGAACCGUUGAGAGGGAUGCGGUUGAGGUGGAGACCCUACUUAGUAGCAAGGAGAUGGAGAUUAGAGCAGUGGAGGCAAAGAGAGACCAGAGUUGUAAAAGGCUUGAAAGACUGAAAUCUGAGGUGAUAAUGGCCGAACAGAAGCUAUCUGAACUGCAGUCAUCAUUGAGAGAUGGUGAAAGAGAACAUUUGAACAGGAAAAGUGAGCUGGAUAGGCUACAGGAUCAGGGCUCAAAGAAGGGUGUAACCGUGGAGUCACUUCCACGUGCCCAAGAGGGUAGAACGAUGGAAUCGCGCCCACGUUCCGAGAAAAAUGGUGGAACCAUGGAGUUACGUCCACGUGCCCAAGAGGGUGGAACCGUGGAAUUGCGCCCACGUGCCCAGGGGAAGAAGGGUGGAAUCGUGGAGCUGCGGCAACAUGCCCGAAAGAUGAUGGACAAGGAUCCUCUUGAUGAACAACAAGAUGCCAUGGAGAAGGUCAAUAGAGAGAUAGGAGCCAAGCAAACUGACCUCCGAACUUUGACCUGUGAAACUGACAAACAUCAACAACAGCUUGUUACAGCACUGCAAGAAGGUGAAAGUGAGAUAGCUGCAAUUCAACAAAAAGUCAAAGACACCAAGAACAACCUGGACAGGUUGAGACGACAGCGGCAGGAGACCAGCCAGGCUUUAGAUCAACGGCGUGAUGAGCUCUCCUUUCUUCAAACCAGGGUGAGUGAUGCUGAGGGUGCCCUUCAUGAUGCAAAGUCAGCUAUGGAGAAGCAGCAAGUAGAGUUAAAACACACACUUGAGAUGGUUCACAUUGAGAAGACAGAGUUAGAGGCACUUAGGAUGCAGCAUGAAGCAAAGUUGGCAGAGCUGGAGAAGACCCAGCUAGAAGCUCUACAGGAGAGAGCAUCAUUGGAGAAACUGAAGGAGGAUGGUCAAAGGCAGAGGACUGAUUCAGAGCUGAUGAGAGAGGAGAUGAGAAGAGCUAAGGAGGAUAGAGAGCACAUCCUCUUUGAGAAACAUUCUCUGGAGGAGAGUAUUGAAGGACUGAUGCAGGAGGAAAGUGCUCUUAAACAGGGAUGCAACUCACUGGAAUCUAAACUCAAUCAUCUCAAAAUGUAA